AUGUCGGAUUCAAGAAUUCGUUCCCUAAUGGAGCUUCCUGCUGCCCAACCCACCACAAAAUCCAUCUUCUCCGUAUCCACUACCAUCCAGAAGCGUGGUGAUUGGGGUACGAUUGUUCUUACUGUGACUGCCAUCGGUGCCCCAAGCCUUCAAGCACAAGGCGAGGCGAAAAUAAAACGUGCGGCAGGCUGCGCGGGUGGUUCCAAUCCACAAUCGGUCCAAGGCAAAAGCUGCAACGGAAAGCAUUUCCCUGUAGGCAGCGGUGUCUUUACUAUUCUAGAACAAGACGGACUUUCAGCUCUCAGAUAUCAAGAGAAAUAA